CUGCAGCGUCACGUGUGACCGUGUCAUGUGAUGUAAUGAAUUGAGAAUCACAAACAGCUUCAGUCUUUGUCACUCUGAGUGUUUGUGGAGCCGCUGACACUUCCCUCAUACAUGUUCACAGGUUGGACUCUUUGCACCGAACCGACCAGGUUGUCACAGGAGUAACGGUGACGUGAUGCAGCACAGAGCUGUUUGUUAACAACAACUGAGCUCAUCUGCCUGAUCAUCUGAUAAUUAUGACGCUACAGAUGGGGAUCUUGUUUCUGGCUCUGCUGGGCCUGAGCUCAGCACUGGUCUGUCCUGAUGGAGGCAUGUGUGAGGACAAAAACACCUGCUGUAAGAACAGUGUGGGAGGAUACGGAUGCUGUCCACUGCCACAUGCUGAGUGUUGUUCGGACCACCUCCACUGCUGCUAUGAAGGGACGGUCUGUGAUCUCGUCCACGCCAAAUGUGUCAAUAAGACAGUUUCUCUGCCCUGGAUGAGACGAGUUCCCACCAAACAGGCCCCACUCGUCCCUCAGCUCGGAGAGAAGCUAAAAGCAGUCAUUUGUCCGGACCAGGAGUCUGAGUGUCCCGAUGACACCACUUGCUGCCAGCUUCUUGACGGCUCCUGGGGCUGCUGUCCAUUAGCUAAGGCGGUGUGUUGUGAAGAUAAACUCCACUGUUGUCCUGAGGGAACAAUUUGUGAUCUUGUUCACUCAAAGUGUGCGUCUCCCUCACUGGAGUCUUUCCCCAUGCUGCAGAAACUGCCUGCCAGGAGGAGGGACAGUAAUGCAGCUUCUGCUGUUGGCUCAGUGACGUGUCCUGGGGGUAAAAGCAGCUGCCCAGAUAGUUACACAUGUUGCCUGCUCACCAGUGGAGACUACGGCUGCUGCCCCUACCCACAGGCCAUGUGCUGCAGCGACCAUCUCCACUGUUGCCCUAGCAACACAAUAUGUGACCUGGAGCAUGGGGUCUGUAAGUCUGGAGAGAUGAGUGUGCCCCUGCUGAAGAAGAUCGCUGCUGUACCCAAUGACGUCGAGUGUCCAGACAAGAAGUCAGCGUGUCCUGACCAGACCACAUGCUGCCAGAUGACCAACGGCACAUAUGGCUGCUGUCCGAUGCCCAAUGCCGUCUGCUGCUCAGAUCACAUCCACUGCUGUCCUGCAGACACCCAGUGUGACCUCUCCCACAGCACCUGUGUGUCCGCCCACGGAGAGACCGCCAUGACCAUGAAGAUCCCCGCCGCUGUGACGGAGCUGGUGGCAGUGCAGAGCAAAGGCGGCGCUGUUCCCUGCAACGACUCUGUGGCGUGCGCCGAUGGAAACACCUGCUGUAAAUCGUCACAGGGAGAAUGGGCCUGUUGUCCACUACCUAAGGCUGUGUGUUGUGAGGACCACGUGCACUGUUGUCCCCACGGCACCAUUUGUAACCUGGCAGCCUCCACAUGUGACGAUCCCUCCGGCAGCACCGUGAUGCCCUGGCUCGCCAAAGUGCCCGCCUUCCCUUUGCUGAGCGACAACAGCAAGUGUGACAAGUCUACGUCGUGUCCAGGAAAAUCCACCUGCUGCAAGACGGCGAGUGGAGGCUGGGCCUGCUGUCCUCUGCCUCAGGCGGUGUGCUGCGACGACCACAUCCACUGCUGCCCUCACAACACCAUCUGCAACAUGGAGGCUGAAACUUGUGACGACCCGUCAGGUCUCUUACCUUCCCUCCGCUGGGUGGAGAAGGUGUCGGCUCUGACCUCAGAGGUGGAGGAUGAGAAAUGUGACAAGCAGACCAUGUGUCCAGGAGGCACCACCUGCUGUAAGAAGGACUCUGGACAGUGGGCCUGCUGCCCCCUACCUCAGGCCGUGUGCUGUAGCGAUCGUGAGCACUGCUGCCCCAAAGGCUACAAGUGUAACGUGGCUGAACAGACGUGUGACAAGCCCGGUGACCUCAGCCUGCCCUGGCUGCAGAAGAUCCCGGCCCUGCAGAAGCAGAAGGAGCCCAGUCGAGCUGUUUCCAGUCCAACUGAGCCGGCCAGGAACAUGUGCGACGCCCAGACCAGCUGCCCCAAAGACACCACCUGCUGCUUCAUGGACAAGACCCAGAAAUGGGGCUGCUGCCCUCUGCCGAAGGCCGUCUGUUGUAGUGAUGGAAACCACUGCUGCCCCAGCGGUCACACCUGUGAGCCUCACCGCUCCUCCUGCUCAAGGGGACCCCAUGUUGUCAUACCCUGGUUCACCAAAGUGGGUGCCCUCACCGAGCCGAGCGGCGUCACGGAUGUUAAAUGUGACGACAAGAGCAGCUGCGCUUCAGGAACGACCUGCUGUAAACUGCAGACGGGAGAGUGGGGCUGCUGCCCGCUGGUCAAGGCGGUUUGCUGUGCAGAUCACGAGCACUGCUGCCCUCAGGGCUACACCUGCAACAUGCAGACUGGAACAUGUGAGAAGAAGAGCCACGACACGCUCGUCCUCACCCUCCCUCAAACCACAGUGGUACAGUCCGAGCCGAGAGACACAGAAGGCAACACAGACGUACCAUGUGACAGCACGGGGGUGUUUCGCUGCCCUGAGCAGGACACGUGCUGUAAGGUCUCAGCUACAGAGUGGGCCUGCUGCCCCUCACCCGGGGCGGUCUGCUGCUCUGACUCCAAGCACUGCUGUCCUGCAGGAUACUUCUGUGACCUGACGGCUGGAGGCUGCACCCUGCACACUCAGCUGACCUGGGACACUUUGAUCGGGGACAGAAAGAAAGACUUUGUCCGACAUGGACUUUAAUCGCACACAAAGGUGCACUGAUCUUCCUCCAUCUCGACCUGCAACAUCCAUCUACAGCUCAUGUUGUCUCUGGACAACACUUCCUGUUUGUCCUUCAUGGGAGUGUUUUUACCAAGUUUGUGCGCUCCUGGGUGUUUUUGGUGGGAGGUGUGGAGGAGAGCUGGUGGCAGUGAAGACGUUAUGAUGAAGUAGAAGCACUUUGGUAGGAUCAGGUGACGUGACAGCCUCUCAUUCACUCAGACUUGUUUUGUCAUUUCAGCGUGUGUUACCUUCAAAAACAGUUUGCAGGAGUCUCAGAAAAUAUCAUCAUGCUCACUUCCUGAAAUUCAACAUGCAGAUGAGACGACCAUGAGCAGCACAGUGAGGACUUACUGUGUCUCUUAAAGUAUAACGUUGGCGUUAUUCUAUAUUUUUCUUAUCGUCAGCAAAUCCCAUGAAAAGAUUAAAACCAACGUUUAGUCCGUCUCAGUAGUUUCUGACCCGGAGCCCACUGGUUCCUACCAACCUUUACAAAUGGGUCACAGAUAUAAAGUAAGGCUGCAGCUAACGAUUACGCUCAUUAGAGGUCAGUCUGCCUGUUAUUUCCUCAAUUAAUCAAUUUGUCAAGAAAAGAAAACUGAAAAUAGUGAAACAUGCCCCGCUGUGAAACUUGACAGAGCCCAAGGUGACAUAUUCUCAUGUAUGUUAGGUAUAGAUAUGUUUUAUGGGACCAACAGUCCAAAAGCCAAAGCUAUUAGGUUUAUAAUCAUCAUUAGGGAUGAGCAAGUACAUCUGUGUCUGAGUGAGUGGAGUUUAUACCAGGAGCGGGUGUGGUUUGAAUCAAAAGUGGGUUGAACCUAAUCUGAAGUUGUUAUUUUAAGCCUGAAAUUCAUACAGAUUAAUCAGCAGCUGCAGUGUUUAUUACCUAUGAAGAGUAUUUACAGAACAGCCUCAGAGUUUAGCUUCAGAUCAUUUUUUAUCACAAGAUGAAACACAGAUACCAAAACAACAGGGGUUCAGAUAAAGACACUUUUUACUCGUAUGAUACUUGUACAUUAUCUUUGUCGGACACUCGUUUCAUUCAAGUAUUCGGCUCAAUCAUUUAUGACAAAGAACAUAAGACGAGAUCAUUCUUUAUUCGUCCCACGGUGGUUAAAUAUGCAGCAGCAAAGGGACAGAGUGCAAACUGGUAGGAAAAAAUAAAAUAAUCAGCAAACAGUAUAAAAACACCAAGCAGUAUAAUAAAAAGGAAGCAGGCAUCAAAUUCUCACAUUUAGGAAACAUGAAACCACAAAUGUCUGGUUUUCUUUUAUUUUUGCUUACAAAAUUACUCAAAUGAUUAUUUGAUGAUCAGAACAGUUGGCAAAAUCAUUUUCUGUUGAUCAGCUCAUUGACUUAUCAUUACAGCUCUAAUAUAUAGUUAAACACACCAGAGCUUCAUUCAGUGUGUGUUUCUUUGGGGUUUUGUACUAAUUCAGUAAACUACAGAUAGAUAGAUGAAGGGGGUGAUAGUGGACAGACCUUGAUUAGCUUAAAAAAUGAUGUUCUUGUUAUUGUUGUAGUUGGGAUACGACAGGGGAUUAUGGGAAAAAUGAAGCACAGGGUUAAAAAAAUAAAUAAAUAAAAUGAUGUAAUUAUUAUUUAACUUUUUCUCCCAGAUCUUACAGUUUCUGGAGCUUGGGAAUCUCAGCAGCAGUGGUUUUUUUUCUGGGAUAUUUAGCGUGUGAAGUCUGACCCAUGUAGGAUCAAUAAUGCAGCUUUGAAAACACCUCAGAUAUGUAGUUAAAAACAAAAAUAUGACUCAGCAAGUUGCUUAAAUGUAGUUGUUAUCAAACAAACAGGAGGGAAAGUUGUUGGGGACUAUUUUCAGCAGCGGAUUAAUCCACAUUUGGUGCUCCAGUGAGUAUUUGUGGCUGCAGGACGGUGUGUGUGGGACUGAGUCAGAACUACAGUGUGUGUGUGUGUGUGUGUGUGUGUGUGUGUGUGUGUGUGUUUGUGUUCAUGAUCAUGAUAGUCGAUACAUUCACUGUUGGUUUCUGCCUUUUCAUGGGAUUGGUUGACAAUAGAAAGAAAAAGAAUAUCAGCAGACUUCUCCUUAAAGCCCACUCCAUUGUUUUACUUUGAUGGCCCUGUUCCAUUUCUCCGUUAAAAAGAGAGCGUGCAGCCUUGUUUUGGGCAUUUUGAUAAAAUCAGCUCCUCAUAUGUGACUGAAGGUGUCUCUAAGAAUAGUCAUGUGCCUCUUUACGGGUUCGACUCGGUGAGGAAGCAUCAUGUUCUUGUUUAUUGCUUCGUGGACACAAGUUGUUGACUUGAAAUUUAAUGUAGUCGAUUUUAUUUAAUCUUUAUUUUGUGUGUGAUUUAUUGAAGGCCGUGCGGAUCAACAGUGAUUUCAUGUGAAGCAGUGAUUGAAAUAGUUUCUUACCAUUUGCAACUUUAGUUUUAUUUUAUUUUUUUGCUGUAUGUUUAAUUAAAUCACAAAGAAACAAUGACUGACCGGACUGAUAGCUUCUGUAAUUUCACUGUAAGAGCUCCUGGUUGAUGAGCAAACAUGCUUUUUGUUUUUGGACAGCUGAAUGUAGAUUCAUCCAAACAGCCAAGACAUAAGAGCCAGGCACGUCUAAAUGUCAUGAGGAAACACAUCCAGAGCUCGCUGCUUCACCACAGGACAAAAAGACUCAGAUGAAGGUUUUUGUGUUUAAACAGCAGCU